AAGGUCGGCUGCCCUGUACGCAGGUGCUCUGCUGACAGCAACCUUCCUCCUACAGCUCGGCUCCUCACAAAGACCUAAGGAAAAAAGAAGAGUAACCAAGAAAAAACUGUCCACAAUGCCACAAAACGUUAUUCUCCAAGGACCGUCACCCUGGGGAUUCAGGCUCUCAGGAGGAAUAGAUUUUAAUCAACCCUUAAUCAUAACCAGGAUUACACCUGGAAGCAAGGCUUCAGCCGCCAACCUGUGCCCUGGUGACGUUAUUAUAGCUAUUGAUGGUCUAGGCACAGAGAACAUGACACAUAAUGAUGCCCAGGAGAGAAUUAAAGCAGCUACACAUCAGCUUUGUUUGAAAAUAGAGAGGGCAGGAACUAAAUUAUGGUCCCCACAAGUUUCAGAAGAUGGCAAAGCACAUCCCUUCAAGAUAAAUUUGGAAGCUGAACCACAGGAAUUCAAGCCUAUUGGUACAGCUCACAACAGAAGGGCCCAGCCUUUUGUUGCAGCAGCAAAUAUUGAUGACAAAAGACAGGUAGUGAGCUCCUCCUAUAAUUCUCCAAUUGGGCUCUAUUCAUCUGGCAAUAUUCAAGACGCGCUUCAUGGACAACUGAGGGGUCUCAUUCCUAACUCAUCACAAAACGGAUGCAGCACUCCUUCAGGGAUGGACUGUGGCAGUGGACGCAGUACCCCCUCUUCAAUUAGCACGGUUAGCUCUAUCUGCCCCACAGAGCUGAAAGCAGUGUCUAAGAUGGCCCCUAACAUUCCCUUGGAAAUGGAGCUUCCUGGUGUCAAGAUUGUACACGCUCAGUUUAACACACCUAUGCAGUUGUACUCAGAUGACAAUAUCAUGGAAACACUGCAAGGCCAAGUUUCUACAGCUCUGGGGGAAUCACCUGUCAUAAGUGACCCAUUUCCCAACUCAGUGACUCAGUCUGACGUGUACAAGAUGCUCCAUGCCAACCAGGAGGAGCCCAGUCAGCCGCGCCAAUCUGGUUCCUUUAAGGUGCUCCAGAAUUUAGUCUCCGAGGAAGAUGGGCGCCCUGUGGGUACAAGGAGUGUGAAAGCCCCUGUAACAAAGGCACCUACUGCCAUGCCUGGUGUCCAGAAAGUGCCACUGUGUGACAAGUGUGGGAAUGGGAUUCUAGGAACAGUGGUGAAGGCACGUGAUAAAUACCGGCACCCAGAAUGUUUUGUGUGCUCUGACUGCAAUCUCAACCUGAAACAAAAAGGUUACUUCUUUGUGGAGGGCCAACUGUACUGUGAAGCUCACGCCCGAGCUCGUAUGAGGCCACCAGAGGGAUAUGAAACAGUCACCGUUUACCCAAAAUGCUAGUCUUAGAUUAACACACAAUUAUAUGCAUGCACACAAAAAGCCAUUUCCAGCUUAGAACUGCAGUACAAGUGUCAGGACUUCGGACUAAAUCCAAAGUAGCAUCCUUUAAACCUUCCCUUGAGGGAUUCUGGGGGAGAUGGAAGCCCCUAUUAGCCAGCAGUAGCAUAUUAUACCAGAAAAAUUCUGCUAAAAUAUUGUCUUUGAAGUUGUCAAUAUAAGUCAAGGAAGUACAAAAUAAAACAGCUGUCCUGGAAUACAAAAAGUGAAACAUGAAUGCUACAACAUAUACAUAAGUGCUUUACUGUAAACAAGACAUUAUUUCUAACAUAAAUUAAGUAUCUAUGCAAACACCAACACCAUCGAAGUCUUAGAGUCUGCAAAUGUAGAGGCUUGACAGGUCAUUAAAAAAGCAGCUAUUUUAAAUGGAUAGUACAAAACAAGCAGUUGUUCAUAUCUGCUUCAUGUCUAUUAUUCAACAAGCAUUAAUGUGCACUCCAGAGAGAUUUUGCUUACUUUGCUUUGAAUUUGGGGCUAUAGUGCCUUAAUUUUCUGAUUCAGCAACUGUGAUAAAGAAUAGAUGUCAAGUCACAUAAUAAAAUGGCUAGUAUAAUAAAGACUGGUUAGUAUGAAGCAAAACAAAAAUUCUAUGUUGUCUUAAUGAUUUGCAAUGGUAUCAUCUUUCAUAUAACUUAGCAAAAAAAUUGUUCUGAGGCAUGAACACACAUACAUUGUUUUCUGGAAAAAAAACCCACACUCUAAUAAAAACUCACUGCAAAUUGAGUUUGAAAGUACAUUUUAAAACGUUUCUGCAGAAAAUUAUACUGGAUUUUUGCAUCUCCAUCUUUUAAUUUCCAUAAUAGAAAAAAAGGGGAAACAUCAUCAUAAUAUCUUUGUUGCUGGAAAAUUAAAGCUUGGACAACUUUAAAAACAAUUGUUAAUUAAAAUAUACAAAGGAAAGAUCUCUUACAAAAAAACUAGUGAAGUCCUAAGGAAAAAAAAAAAGGCUGAAAGAAUACAUUUUGGUCAUCAAUUCCUGGAAUUUGUCAAGGGCUACACUGCUUUCAGGUAGCUGUCAGCUACAUAAACACACCUAACUGGCAAACCAAACCUUAGCGUUUACAAAUAAUACCAACAGAAGUCAGAAAUUAUUUAUUGGGGUAUUUUGAACCCAAUUUAAAGUAGAAUAAUCUACAAAAUUUUUUAUCAAGUCUACAAGACUAACAAAAAAUAACUUCAUAUACUUUUCCCAUUCUACAAUAUAAGAAGCUUAAAAUGUAAGUAGAAUAUGAAAUCAAAAUAAGAAGCUGUCCAUACUUCAAAUUUAUUUUAAAAAUUCACAAGUCCCAAAGAUUGAAAUAUAACGUCCACAUAUUCAAAGACUUUUCAAAAUAUCUUAAAGUAUUAUUUCAGAAUUUAAAAGUUUUAAAAAUGAGUGUGUCACUGACUAUAUUAUUUACAUUCGUAUAUCAUAAGCAGACAAAAAAGUGUUGCACCCUUUCCAAGGUUAGUUCCUGAAAUAUUUUUGGGCACAAAACAUAAUUCUGCUCUUCAGGUAUCAUGGAGGCUAUGUAUAGUAUUAAUAUUUUCCCACUAAUAAAGCACACAAAUAUGAAAAUCCUUUUGGAAGUGAGAGUGCACAUGUCUAUUUUUACAAACUUAAAAUGUCAUUGGUGUUUUAAAAUGUUUGUUUAAUGUUUCUGUCUUUGUA